AUGGGUGGUCUUAACUUGGAGGUCUUCAAGUUCGGAAUGUACAUCAUGUUCCCCAUCGGAAUCAUGUACUACUUUGGCACCAACCUCGACUCGAGAUUCUCCGUCCCCGAGUUCUGGCCCAAGCCCGAGAACGCAAACAGGAUCCCGCUCGAGAGGGACGAGAUCGAGGCUGAGCUGCAGCGGUUGAGGGCUCGGAGGUUGUAUCUUAGGGAGAAGAGGUUGGGGGAGCAGGGGGGGCAGCAGCAACCACGGGAUCAGCAGGAGUAAGAGGUUGGAGGGGGAAGGUAUGAUAUGUGUAUGAUCGAGGGCAUGGUGCGCAUUUUUGGGCGUUUGGGUUAUAUCAAAACACUCUCUGCUUUCUUUGGUUCGGGACUGGUUGGGGUGGGGGGAAUUGAUUGUGUUGUACAUUUUCCAUGUUAAAAUACAAGUCUAUAUACACAAGAUGG